GCAAUAGCGUUGAUCUCGACCUCUUUGAGGGUGCUGCUGCUGCCACCGCUCUUGACCUGCGACCCAACUUCGAAGAGCGCGGCCGAAGCUCGAGCGUUGACGUCCGAAAGCUGUGCCUGUGGUUUUUUGGCGCCCCAGGGCGGAGCGAAGGACGGAGCUGAGUUCCAGUGCGUAUCGAUGCCGCAGGUCGAUACCGAUUACAUUGGGGCCGGGUGGCGCGAUGCACAUGCAAGGAGGGUGUGACCCCGUCACAUGCAAGUGACAUGGAUAUGUUGGACGCUCGAUUCCGAGCAUACUUGAAUUCACUCAAA